UCACUGCGCAAGCGCGGGCCGGGAGCGUGGGUUAUCUCGAGACAGCGGGGCUGCGGGCUGCGGAGCGUGCGGGUCUGCGGCCUGCGUUCGGCUAGCUCCAGCGGCUCACAGGCCGAGGUAACGAGGCGCAGCAAGCCGAGCCUCCCCGCUCCUCCGGACAGCGUGGGCCAUGGAGACUCAAGUGCUGACGCCGCACGUCUACUGGGCUCAGCGACACCGCGAGCUGUAUCUGCGCGUGGAGCUGAGUGACGUGCAGAACCCUGCUAUCAGCAUCACAGACAAUGUGCUGCAUUUCAAAGCUCAGGGACACGGUGCCAAAGGAGACAACAUCUACGAAUUUCACCUGGAGUUCUUAGACCUUGUGAAGCCAGAGCCGGCGUACAGGCUGACCCAGAGGCAGGUGAACAUCACAGUCCAGAAGAAGGGGAGUCAUUGGUGGGAAAGGCUCACCAAGCAGGAGAAGCGCCCACUGUUUUUGGCCCCUGACUUUGAUCGCUGGCUGGAUGAAUCUGAUGCAGAAAUGGAGCUGAGAGCCAAGGAGGAAGAACGUCUGAAUAAACUCAGACUAGAAAGGGAAGGCUCCCCUGAAACUCUUACAAACUUGAAGAAAGGGUACCUGUUCAUGUACAACCUUGUGCAGCUCCUGGGGUUCUCCUGGAUCUUUGUCAACCUCACAGUGCGGUUCUCUAUUUUAGGAAAAGAGUCCUUCUAUGACACGUUCCACACUGUGGCUGACAUGAUGUAUUUCUGCCAGAUGCUGGCACUAGUGGAAACCCUCAAUGCUGCGAUUGGGGUCACAAGUUCCCCAGUGCUGCCUGCUCUCAUCCAGUUUCUUGGAAGAAAUUUUAUUCUGUUUCUCGUUUUCGGCACCAUGGAAGAAAUGCAAAACAAAGCUGUGGUUUUCUUUGUGUUUUAUUCCUGGAGCGCAAUUGAAAUCUUCAGGUAUCCCUUCUACAUGCUCUCCUGCAUUGACAUGGACUGGAAGGUGCUCACGUGGCUCCGUUACACUAUGUGGAUUCCCUUAUACCCCCUGGGAUGUUUGUCAGAAGCUGUGGCAGUGAUCCAGUCCAUUCCAGUAUUCAAUGAGUCGGGAAGGUUCAGUUUUACUUUGCCAUAUCCACUGAAGAUGAAAGUCAGGUUCUCCUUCUUCCUUCAAGUUUAUCUUGUCAUGUUAUUUUUAGGGUUAUAUAUUAAUUUUCGUCACCUUUAUAAACAGCGCAGGAGGCGGUAUGGACAAAAGAAGAAAAAGCUGCACUAGAGAUAGAUUUGGUAGCUUCGUUUGUGCAGAAUCUAUGAUUCUUACUGUUUUACUUCUGGUACUGAUGUAAGGGUUUGUUUUGUUAAGUAAGGCUGUCUCUCUUUCCCAGUAACAUUCCUGAAUCUAUUGUCUUUAUCUUAGUGUUGUACUUGCAUGACAUGGAUAUCUGGUACCUGAUGACAAGCUCAUUCUUGUGUAUUUAAUGACAAAGGUGGCCCUCCUCAUGUCUGAACCUCCCUACAGGCACGGUCUGUCUUCACAGUUAGGGCUUGGUCUUUCUGCUACUGCUUGUGAAAACUGAAAAAACAAGACAAUUUUCCCAUUGCAGAUUGUCAAAAGUGACGCACUAUAUUUUAUAACCAAGCCAAUACUUGUGUAGUGGGAUAGCACUGACUUUGAAAAUCAGGUAAACGUGGUCAUUGACAUUUUUUGAGUCAGAGUAGGGCUGGAGAACACUUCAUAUUUGAUGCCUUUUAGCUAAAGACAUUUACUAUAGCACUUCCCAGGCAUUGAAGAGGCAGAGUGAUUUAGAGAAAGCAAUCAGAACCUGGGAACACCGUGACUACUUCAUUCCCAGCUAAAUCAGAACUGCCUUCAACACUGGAGAAAGGGAGAAUUACUUGCAGAACAGAGAUUAUAAGUUCCAAAUGUGAAUGGCUGCAGGGGUCAGAAGGGAGCAGAGAUGCCUGAGACAGGCAGGAUCAGUUGUGGUAAUGAUGCCUAUGGCAAACACACACUGAAGUAGGCCAGACACACAUACUUGGGCUGCACAGUCACACAGUCAAUCUAUAAUUCUUGGGGCUAGCUCAGUCCAUUUCUGAAAUACAUUUCAGUGUAUUUCUCUGAGUGAUUGGCGAGAUUACUUUAUUGAACUGUUUUUUUUCCUUGUUAGAUUUUUUUUUUUUUUUCAAGAUAGGGUUGUUCUGUGUCGCUCUGGCUGUCCUAGAA